CAAAAAUCUCAACUUUAUUGCAUCCAGUAUUAUACUUGUUUUACUCAAUUUUACUAAAUAAAGAAAUAAUAGAAGUUUUAUUGGCUGCAUAAGCUUAUACGGAAUAGAUAAAAUUCAUUAAGUCCCCAUUAAUAGUAGCGACUUUCUUGUGACCCUGAAAACAAUUUGAACUGACAUGGCUUCGAUCCAAACAAAACUCAGUGAGGUUUUCAUCGACCAUCAUCGAGACAUCAAGAAAUUCAAUUCAAUCUAUAUAUUUACACAAAAAAAAAAAAUCAAGUUUUCUUAAUUAAUAAAUCUAAUUUUAUUUUCUCAUUUAAAAACAAAUCAAUAAACAUUGUUCGUGAAGCUGUAAAUAUAAAUUAAAAUAUGAUACAUUUAUACAUUUUAUUUUCCAUAAAAUGUUUAUUUUCUAUAGUUUUUCUAAAUCACAUAGUGGUUGGCGUUCCAGUAAUUUGGAUUUUGGGAGGUCCUGGAUGCGGAAAAGGCACACAAUGUGAGAAAAUUGUUGCAAAAUAUGAUUUCACACAUUUAAGCAGUGGAGAUUUGCUUCGUGAAGAGGUGAAAUCUGGUUCCGAAAAAGGCCAAGAACUUGCAAAAGUUAUGAAAGAAGGAAAAUUGGUGUCCAAUAGUGAUGUGCUGCUUUUGCUUUCAAAUGCCAUCAAAAAGUCUUUACCAACUGCUAAGGGCUUUCUCAUUGAUGGUUAUCCACGAGAGAAGGACCAAGGAGCUGCUUUUGAAAAAGAAAUUGCUCCAGCUGAUUUGAUUAUCUUUUUCGACUGCGCUGAUCAAACUCUUGUAGCACGUAUUAUGAAGCGUGCUGCUGCAUCAGCGGAAGUUCGUGCUGAUGACAACGAAGAAACCUUGAAAACUCGCAUUGCUACAUUCAGGACCAAUACAAAUGCCAUUCUUUCGCAAUACACCGAUAAAACUUUGAUUCUCAACGCCGAACGUACCGUUGAUGAAAUCUUUGCUGAUGUUACUCGUGCUAUUGAUGCUGUUGUGCAAAAGAAAGCCGCCGCAGUUGCGUAAUUACAACUUUAAGGUAGUCACAAAAGCAUGCUGCCCGCCAACACAAAUUAUUACCAAUACCAAAGAAUAACAUCAAGUCCUUGCGAAAAUUUUUCUUUGAGAAAAUAUAUUCGCUUUCUAAAUUAAUUUUUAUUAAAUAAAAUUGCUUUAAUUUUCAACUUUAUAAAAAAUAAUAUAAUACUCAUUUAUAGGCACACAAUUGAUUUGUUAAACAAAUUAAUGAGAAAAUUAUUUAAUUAUUUUUAAAUAUUUAUGUAUAAAUGUAUAAAAAUACAAAUUGUUGACCAAAUUGAAAAUUAAAA